AUGGCUUCCUCCCUCGUCGCGAUCCAAUCGCUUUCUGCCCUCUCCUUCAGCACAGCCGUCAAAGGGUCUUCGCUUUCUGCCCAUCGCCUAGCAGCCGCUUCCGCCAUUGCUCCCGGCAGACCAGGUGUCACCGCCCUCCUCGGCUUCAACAAAUCCGCCGUCCCCGCUAAAACCACUCCCGCUAAGAAGCAACUCCGCACAGAAGACGGCAUCUUCGGCACAUCCGGCGGCUUCGGGUUCACGAAAUCGAACGAACUCUUCGUCGGACGCGUGGCGAUGCUCGGAUUUGCCGCGUCGCUCCUUGGCGAAGCCGUUACCGGGCAAGGAAUUCUCUCGCAACUUAAUCUGGAAACCGGAAUUCCUAUCACGGAAGCCGAGCCGCUCCUCCUCUUCUUCAUCGCAUUCACCGUGCUCGGCGCGAUCGGCGGGCUGGGCGACCGCGGGCGAUUUGUUGACGACGAGGCGCCUGCGGGUCCGUCGGUGAAGCCCGGCAGUUUCAAGGCCGCGCUUGGACUGAGCGAGGACGGGCCACUGUUCGGGUUUACCAAGGCGAACGAGCUUUUCGUGGGGCGCAUGGCGCAAUUAGGGUUUGCCGCGAGCUUGGUUGGCGAGGUGGUCACUGGGAGAGGUGCGUUGGCGCAGCUGAAUAUCGAGACUGGGUUGCCGAUUUUUGAGUUGGAGCCGCUGCUGCUGGCGAGUAUCGUGUUCUUCUUCGUCGCGGCUAUCAACCCUGUCGCUCUCCAAUCGCCCUCUGCUCUCUCUUUCAGCACAGCCGUCAAAGGCGCCUCAAUCUCAACCCAUCGCCUAGCAGGUGCUUCCGCCAUUGCUCCCUGCAGGCGAGGUGUAACUGCCCUCCUCAACUUCAACAAAUCCGCCGUCCCCGCAAAGGCAACUCCCGUUAAGAAGCAACUCCGUACCGAAGACGGCAUCUUCGGCACAUCCGGCGGCUUCGGCUUCACGAAAGCGAACGAGCUCUUCGUCGGCCGCGUGGCAAUGCUCGGUUUCGCCGCGUCGCUGCUCGGCGAAGCGGUAACCGGGCAAGGAAUCCUCUCGCAACUGAACCUGGAAACCGGAAUUCUUAUUACCGAAGCCGAGCCGCUCCUCCUCUUCUUCAUCGCCUUCACCGUGCUCGGCGCGAUCGGCGGGCUGGGCGACCGCGGGCGAUUCGUCGACGACGAGGCGCCUGCGGGUCCGCCGGUGAAGCCCGGCAGUUUCAAGGCCGCGCUCGGACUGAGCGAGGACGGGCCCCUGUUCGGGUUUACCAAGGCGAACGAGCUGUUCGUGGGGCGCAUGGCUCAAUUAGGGUUUGCCGCGAGUCUGGUUGGCGAGGUGAUUACUGGGAGAGGCGCGCUGGCGCAGCUGAAUAUUGAGACUGGGUUGCCGAUUUUUGAGUUGGAGCCGCUGCUGCUGGCGAGUAUCGUGUUCUUCUUCGUCGCGGCUAUCAACCCCGGUACAGGAAAGUUCAUCAAUGAUGACGAGUAG